GCAACCUUUCAGUGCGCAGGCCAAAGCUCAAUCCAGUGAGCCACACUAGCCAAGGGGAAAGAAGGAGCUUUUCAUCUGCUAUGCCCACAGACCCCCAAACUGCUGCGGAAGUUUCCCCGCCCUCCAAGGACGCCCUCCCUGCCUGGUGCCAGGAGAGGGUAUCCCCAGCCCAGGAGCAGUGACUCGGCCUCCCGGCUCAGGCGAAGCCUCCUGGCCCACGACCUUGGAGGAACCUGGGAGAAAGCUUCACCAGGCGACAGUACUUUUCCACUGCACUGCUCAGGCCACCUCCGCUGGCUUUCUGCGGUGCAGACAAGAGGCAAAACGAGCCGGGCCAGCCCCAUCCGGAACCCACCCCAAAUCACUCCUAGAAAUGGGGAGAUUCCUACCUUCACCGCCCCUGCCACCCCCACCGAUCCAGCAGUAAUGAUUAAACCCGGUCUACCGCGCCUGUGCUGGGUUUCGGGCAAGGAGCAGCGCUAGCCCGUGAGGGGGAGGAGAGAGAGGACGAGGAGGGGAGGGGACGAGAGAGCUAGCGGUCCCACCCGGUGAUGCAGCCAGCCCUGGGAGGUGGAGCCGCGACGCCCGAAGGAGUCCCCACCGCAGUCGCGCUCUCUGUCUACCCCACGGAGCAGCCGCCCGCCAGCCCCGGCUCCGGAGACCUCCCUGACGCCGCGAUCUGGGCGGCGGGGACCGCGGGAUCCCCCCUGUUCGGGCUGGGGGCGCCUCCACCCCGCCCAGCCCCUGCCCCUCCGGGCUUCCCGGACGGCUGAACGACUCCCAGGGGGAAGCUAUUCCCGGCCUCCCGGCCGCCGCCCGAACAUCUCGGCUGCCAACCCGGCUGGGCACAGGGCAUCAGCGAAGCCAACCGUCACUGGCCAUCUCCGGGCACGGACUGUCUCCGGCGCCGCCAGCUUCUCGCGACCCCGGGGCCGUGGGCUUCUUGCCCUCCCCUUCCCCCGGCUGCUGGCCAAGACGCCCGCGAGCUCCCGGCGCCCCCAGCCCCCCUGGCCGCCGCUGCGAUGCUGCCCUGGAGACGCGACAAAUUCGUGCUGGUGGAAGAUGAGGCCAAGUGCAAGGCGAAGAGCCUGAGUCCCGGACUCGCCUACACGUCGCUGCUCUCCAGCUUCCUGCGCUCCUGUCCAGACCUGCUGCCCGACUGGCCGCUGGAGCGCCUGGGCCGAGUGUUCCGCAGCCGGCGCCAGAAAGUGGAACUCAACAAGGAAGACCCUACCUACACGGUGUGGUACCUGGGCAACGCCGUCACCCUGCACGCCAAGGGCGACGGCUGCACCGACGACGCCGUGGGCAAGAUCUGGGCGCGCUGCGGGCCGGGCGGGGGCACCAAGAUGAAGCUGACGCUGGGGCCGCACGGCAUCCGCAUGCAGCCGUGCGAGCGGGGCGCGGCGGGGGGCUCUGGGGGCCGCAGGCCGACGCACGCCUACCUGCUGCCGCGUAUCACCUACUGCACAGCGGACGGGCGCCACCCACGCGUCUUCGCCUGGGUCUAUCGCCACCAAGCGCGCCACAAGGCCGUGGUGCUGCGCUGCCACGCCGUGCUGCUGGCGCGGGCGCACAAGGCGCGCGCCCUCGCCCGCCUGCUCCGCCAGACCGCGCUGGCGGCCUUCAGCGACUUCAAGCGCCUGCAGCGCCAGAGCGACGCGCGCCACGUGCGCCAGCAGCUCCUCCGCGCCGGGGGCGCCGCUGCCUCGGUGCCCCGCGCCCCGCUACGCCGGCUGCUCAACGCCAAGUGCGCCUACCGACCACCGCCCUCUGAGCGCGGCCGUGGGGUCCCGCGCCUCAGCAGCAUCCAGGAGGAAGACGAGGAGGAGGACCAGGACACGGAGGAGCGCCAGGAAGAAGCUCCCCAGUCCGAGAGGCCCGAGGUGCUCAGCCUGACCCGGGAGCUGAGGACCUGCAGCCUGCGGGGUGCCCCAGCGCCUCCGCUGCCCGCACAGCCCCGCCGCUGGAAGGCGGGCCCGAGGGAGCGGGCGGGCCAGGCGCGCUGAGAGCGGAGGCAGCAGGACUCGCGGCCCCAGACCCCACCGGCCUGACUUCCAGCCUCCACCCCGGCCCUGCCCGCUUGGCUCCUCCCUGGUCCCCCGCCGUUGCCUCCCUUGUGGUCUCCAUUGUUGUCUGCUCUGCGCCUCAUCCAGGCUCAGGGUGAUGCCUCACUCGCCCUUGAUUAUCGGGGGACAAACUGGGGGGAGAAGUGUUCAGUUUUCGCCUCCCCCCCCCAUCCGGAGUUUCUGGGCGCCCUCCCUUGUGGAAUUGCCUCCUACGCUUUACACCAAGUCUCUCUGGUAAACCCAAAACAUCCUCUCAAGAGAAGGGAGGAGAAGUUUCUAGACAUUCAGGGGGGUGGCCUUGGACCUUGGCCAGUCUAGUCUUUCUCUCUGGGAUGAGACCCAUCCUGGCGAGACCUUCCUGUAGGGGAAGAAUAGCGGCCCUGGAGAGCUGAGGCCAGGCCCGCGGUGGGAGCUGUCUGCUGCCGUACACACAAGGAAAGGCCCAGUGCCUGUCCUCUCUAGCCCUUGGAGGACUCCUGGGACUUCACUGUUCUGCCUCCGGAGAAGGCGGGGGUGGUGGGUGACCACUCUGCACCAAGCCCUGGCACCCACACAGGACUGUUCAUCCAACCCCUGUGUGCAGACAGAGCUGUGUGGUGCCCCACAGCCAGGACCCAGACAGGGCCUCCAGCGGAGGUAAGGAGGACCUUUGUCAGGUGCUUGGGGACACUGACUACCCAGAAAGAGGACACAGGAGGGGUGGCCCCAAGUUGAGGUUUGUCAGAGUGGGAAGGUCCCCACAGCAGCUGGGUCUCCAAGCAGGACGAGGAAGGAGGGUGCAUCACCCCAGCAGAGGGGUGGGCCCCGCCCGGGUGUCUGUCAGCAAGGCCACAAAAAGCCCAAAGAUCUCUGUGUCACCAAUUGGUCAUUGUAAAUAAA